UCCUUUCGUUAGGGCGAGCCUGUUAGAACUUGUUUGGGCCUGCCACAGCGAGGUGCUACGCUGCACAAGAAUUUGGAAAUAGUGCUGGUGGACGUGCUUUGGAGAUUUGUGCAAGUCUUGACCCUGUCUGCGUUAUUUGGAGUGCAAGCAGUGAAGUUUCGUGACGUGAAAUUACCAGGAAGUUCACAGGAUGGGCCGCUGCUGCGUGCCGAACUGUCGUGGAAAUUAUGACGGUGUACCGAAGGUCCGCUUGUUCUCCUUCCCCAAAGACCACCGCAGGAUAAAAUGGAAACGCGCUAUUCGUCGGGAAGACGUCGACAUCGACACUCUGCGUCAUCCGAAGGUCUGCGAACUUCAUUUCAAAGCAGCGUAUUUGAGGACUACCACUAGUUACACGUAUAGCAACAGAAGGACUAUAGAAGUUCCGAUGAGCCUUACUCGACUAACCGAAGAUGCAGUGCCGACGAUGUUUCCUAACAGCUGCGCUUACCUAUCCGACUGUGCUCCGGUUCGCGAGGAGCCUGACUCAAAACGGAAGCGCCGUGAGGCAGACCAGCUACAAAAGGUCAUUCAGAUGUCGCUUUCUUCGCACGAAGAGGAUGAACGCAAAAAUAGGGUGGCAUCUUUUGAGCAGCUCGUGUCACAACUCUCCGAACUUAAGUUGUCUGACUAUUGGAUAGUGAGCAGCACGGAAGCUGCUAUUAUGUUUCUGCAUAUUCAGAGCAACACACUACCUCCAGAGGUUGAACGUUCUGUGGUUGUUUCCGACGCGUUGCGCAUUUCUGCUUACUGGAAAAAGAUGAAGAUGUUCAUUGAUGAUGUUCCCAUUCCAGAAAAACUGGAGGACAUUCGGUGCUUGCAGACUAUUCUUGAAAGUGUGGAGCAUUUCAAUGCUCCAGACAAUUUCGCCUGCGUCAAGAUGCGACCGCCGCAGCCGAGAUCGAACCAGCGGCUUUCCGGCCAGCAGCCGAGCGCCAUAACCAUUGUACCACACUGGUCGCUGCUGCCCUGCAAGAAAUACUCCAUGUUCGACAUGCACUCGGGCCCAGCUGAUACCAUGUUCACUGCCACGCAUUCAAAGUUGCAAGCUAUCAACCAGUAUGGCUCUGCAUAG